AAUACUGUUAACCGAUCACAGAUAAUCACCAUGAACAUUUUGGUGAUAACCUAAUUUUCCCCGGUGAGGAUCAGCAUUGUUUUAAACUAUGCUAGGCCUGCUGAUGUGUGCUGGUGAUUCAGUGAAGGGACAUGGCUGUCAUAGCUGCUCCUCCUCCAAAGUACCGUGGGUGCCAGGCUCCAUGUUGGAUCACUCACAUUGGCAGGAUUCCCAGGAUAUGGAAGAACCUGGCCUGGCCCUUAUUCAAAUGGUAUAGUGGUACUGGAGCCUCCAUGCAGGGGCCUGGGGCUGAGACCUGCUUUGGCAGCCACCCAAGGGUCCUGGCCAGCUUCUCCUCUGAUCUUGAGCAGGUCCUGAGCCUCUUUAGCCUCACUGUCCAGAUGAGUUUGCUGGAGAUGGUCAUUGGUCCCCCUAGUGGAGGGGCUGCGGGGACCGGGGACCGAGUGAGCUCAGGAGCUGCACUCACCAUGGCCAAACAACUGCAGGCCCGAAGACUCAAUGGGAUCGACCACAACCCCUGGGUGGAAUUUGUCAAACUCUCCAGUGAGCCUGGCAUUGUGAACUUGGGGCAGGGAUUCCCCGACUUCGCACCCCCAGACUUCGCUUUGGAAGCCUUUCAGCGUGCUGUCAGCGGGGACUUCAUGCUCAACCAGUACACCAAGGCAUUUGGUUACCCACCACUGACAGAGAUCCUGGCAAGUUUCUUUGGGAAGCUGCUGGGCCAGGAGGUGGACCCACACAAGAAUGUGCUGGUGACUGUGGGAGCCUAUGGUGCCCUGUUCACAUCCUUCCAGGCCCUGGUGGAUGACGGUGAUGAGGUCAUCAUCAUCGAACCCUCUUUUGACUGUUACGAGCCCAUGACAUUGAUGGCAGGGGGUCGUCCUGUGUUUGUGUCCCUGAAGCCGAGUCCCAUCCAGGAUGGGGAACUGGAUUCCAGCAGCAACUGGAAGCUGGACCCCACAGAGCUGGCCAGCAAAUUCAGCCCUCGCACCAAAGCCCUGAUCCUCAAUACACCCAACAACCCCCUAGGAAAGGUGUUCUCCAGGGAGGAGCUGGAGCUGGUGGCCAGCCUGUGCCAGCAGCACGACGUGGUGUGCAUCACUGAUGAGGUCUACCAGUGGCUGGUUUAUGACGGCCACGAGCACAUCAGCAUCGCCAGCCUCCCUGGCAUGUGGGAACGGACCCUGACCAUCGGCAGUGCUGGCAAGACCUUUAGUGCCACUGGCUGGAAGGUGGGCUGGGUCCUGGGUCCAGAUAACAUCAUGAAGCACUUGCGGACUGUACACCAGAACUCUAUCUUCCACUGCCCCACACAGGGCCAGGCUGCAGUAGCCUGGAGCUUUAAGUGGGAGCAGGUGCACUUUGGCCAACCCAAUAGCUACUUUGUGGAGCUCCCGCAGGCCAUGCAGCGCAGGCGUGACCACAUGAUCCGCAGCCUGCAGUCAGUGGGCCUGAAGCCCGUCAUCCCCCAGGGCAGCUACUUCCUCAUCACAGACAUCUCGGACUUCAAGAGAAGGAUGCCUGACUUGCCUGGCACUGCAGAUGAGCCCUACGACAGCCGCUUUGUCAAGUGGAUGAUCAAGAACAAGGGCUUGGCAUCCAUCCCUGUGUCCAUCUUCUACAGCGAGCCGCAUCGGAAGCUCUUUGACCACUAUAUCCGCUUCUGUUUUGUGAAGGAUGAAUCCACGCUCCAGGCCAUGGAUGAGAAGCUGCAGAAAUGGAAAGCUGAGCUCAAGCCCUGAUGCCACCUCCUGGGCCCGACCCUUCCAGUCCCUACACACUCUUGCCUCUUUCUAGGUCAGGGGAAGAUGGUGCCAGGAAAUCCUUCUCUGUGACACAGAGUGUUCCCAGGGAAGAGCCCCCUCCUUGGACUUGGAGAAGUCAGGUGUUCCCUUCCCACAGUGCCUAUACUCCUGUCCCCAAGGGGAGGGAAGCCUGACUAGACCUCUUCCUGCCCCUCUGUGGUCAAGUCACAGGGCCUUGGGUUGCUUCUGGUCUCCCCAGUGUGGCAGGGACUGGCAGGGCAGAGUCCCUUAGUGUGUCCAGCCUCAUGUUGCCAGCCCUGCAUGCCCCAGAUAAGGCUCAGGCAUAACCUCUGCCUGUCCUAUCUGAUCUUGACCUUGGGAAGUUGCUUUUAGUCCUGAUUCCUCAAGCCACUCAUUUCUACCCAUAAUAAAAUUUUAAGUUAUUUAAA